CCGUUAAUCUCAUCGUUUCAUCAUGGGCUGCGUUAGAACCAAGACUGUCAAGAAGGCUUCCCGUGUCUUGAUCGAGAAGUACUACCCCCGUCUCACUCUCGACUUCCAGACCAACAAGAGAAUCCUUGACGAGGUUGCCAUCAUCCAGUCCAAGCGCCUCCGCAACAAGAUUGCCGGUUUCACCACCCACUUGAUGAAGCGCAUUUCCAAGGGUCCCGUCCGCGGUAUUUCCUUCAAGUUGCAGGAGGAGGAGCGUGAGCGCAAGGAUAACUACGUUCCCGAGUUCUCUGCCCUCGAUACCUCCGUCAUUGAGGUCGACCCCGAGACCGAGGAAUUGCUCAAGUCUCUCAACUUCGAGAACCUUGCUGGUGUCCGCGUUACCAACCCCAUUGCCAACGUUGACUUCAAGCCCCGUCGUCGCGACCAGGCUCGUGGUCCCCGUAAGCCCCGUGCUGAGGGUGCUGAGGUCCAGGCUUAAAGCUCUUUCAUUAUUUGGGAUUUCGAGUCCUUGAUCUUCGGGUUCCAAUUAACCCAAUAAAAUGUUCAUAGCCGAAUCUUUGAUUUUUUUUUACAUAUUUUACUGCAUAUGUCUAUUUUUUAAAGUGAUGUAAAGAAAUGUAAUAGAAAUAUUUUGAUGGCUGUUAUUUAGUAAUUAUAAAAUCCGAGUAUCCGGAUUAUAGGCAG